AUGACAUCAAAGAAUAAGUAUCACGAAAAGAUCAUUAGAAAACCCUCAAAAUAUGAUGCCACUAAAAAAUCAAUUGUUCAAGUAGAAGGAAGUUCUUCUGUCCAACCCAACCCCAUAGGAGUUUACUUGUGGGGUGUCGAUUUGAUGAACCUGUCUAAUGAGGAUAAAGAGAAGGUCAAGGAAGAGAAGUCAAAGGGACAUGGAAAGGCACGUCAAAAGAAAAUCAUCACUGAAAAUGAAAAUAUCGAGGCGGUUUCAAUUGAAAAUUCAAAAGAGAAACCACAAGAAAAUGUGGAAAAGUACAAAGGAGUUAGGCAGAGAAAAUGGGGAAAGUGGGUUGCAGAGGUAUAUGACCCAAGAACGAAAGGCCGAGUUUGGUUAGGAACAUUUAACACUGUUGAAGAAGCUGCUUUGGUUUACAAUAAGGCAGCCAUUGCAAUUAGAGGUGUUAAUGCUGUGACAAACAUCAUCAAGCCAACACCAAGAGACCUACCACCAGCAGAAAUCACCUCCAUCAAUCCAUCAUCAUCAAAGGAGAUCAAUUUAUGA